AUGUACACUAAAUGGCCGCGUGACGAGCCAGGUCGCGUAACGAGCCACCCCACCAUCCCAACAUUGCGCGUCGUCCCAACUUCAACGCGUCAUAACUCCACAACCAUAGACCCGAUUCAAGAAGCGAUUAAAUAUAUCAAAUCGCGUAAGGCUGGAGAUAGUUUCUCGUACCGCCAAGUUUCAAAAAUAUUCAGAGUUAAUCGAACAACGCUGUCGCGGCGGCACAAGGGUUCGCAGGGCACCCGUGAAGCCAAAAUAGCAGAUCAACAACGACUCAACCCACAACAAAAGCAGGAGGUUGUCAGUCACAUAGACAGAGCUACAAGAGAUAGUCUACCGCCUACAGGUAGUAUUUUGAAGAAUUUCAGAUCUGCUGUUGCGCAGCAAGAGGUCUCCGAUAGCUAGGUUAAGCGGUUUCGCCGUCGUCAUCCCGACAAGCUCAUCACCAAAUAGGACACCGGUAUCAAUCGUGAGCGUCACGUAGCUGACAGCAAGUAUAAGUACAAGUCGUACUUCAACUUGCUGCACUCCAAGAUAGUAGAACAC